AAAGACAAAACAAAAUUGUCGUCAAAAUGCUAAUAUAACAGCUAGCACCAAAUUAUUAUGACCCUUUGUGCAUACUUCUCAUAUCACCUGUAUAACAAAAAAAAAAAAAUUUCCAAUUUCCGGUGCGAAUAAAUUUCUGGACCGACCCCUCUGUUUCUACGCAUCAAUCGGGGAAGAAAUAGAAAUAGAAUAGAAAACAACAGAAGAGAAAGAGAAAGAGGAGGAAAAAUAGGAAUAGGAAUCGGAAGCGGUAGCGGAGGCGGGCAAUGCUGGAAUUGAUUGGCUGAGAUAGAGAGUAUAUGGGGGGAAGUGGCACUCUCGUGGACGGUGUUCGUCGCUGGUUUCAACGUCGCCCUUUUAUUACUUCUUCUUCUUCUAAUAAUAAUAAUAAUAAUCAAAAUAAUAAUGUUAUCGUCGAUCACCACGAUCGUUCAACUUCUACUUUAACUCUUACUCAAAAACAACAACAAGGAGAAGAAGAACUCAUUGUUCAGGAUUUCGACUUUUCUUCCCUGAGGCUCGUCAAAGUUCCCAAGCGUAAUUACCCUCUUAUUGCUUCCAUGGAUUCUCACAAAAAGGGUGCUCUUGAAACAGAAUUUUUCACUGAGUAUGGAGAGGCAAGCCGAUAUCAAAUUCAGGAGGUGAUAGGAAAAGGAAGUUAUGGGGUUGUUGCUUCUGCAAUUGACACCCACACUGGUGAAAAGGUUGCAAUAAAAAAGAUUAAUGAUGUUUUUGAGCAUGUCUCUGAUGCAACACGGAUUUUGAGAGAAAUCAAGCUAUUGCGGUUGCUCCGACAUCCAGAUAUUGUAGAAAUAAAGCAUAUUAUGCUCCCUCCAUCACGACGAGAAUUUAGAGAUAUUUAUGUAGUUUUUGAGUUGAUGGAAUCUGAUCUUCACCAAGUAAUUAAGGCCAAUGAUGACUUAACUCCUGAGCAUUAUCAGUUUUUUUUAUACCAGCUUCUUCGCAGUCUGAAGUUUAUACAUACAGCAAAUGUGUUCCAUAGAGAUUUAAAACCAAAGAACAUCCUUGCUAAUGCUGAUUGUAAGUUGAAGAUAUGCGAUUUUGGGCUUGCACGAGUAUCGUUUAAUGAUGCCCCAUCAGCGAUUUUUUGGACUGACUAUGUAGCGACUCGUUGGUAUCGUGCUCCUGAACUCUGUGGAUCUUUUUUCUCCAAAUACACUCCUGCAAUUGAUAUAUGGAGCAUAGGAUGCAUAUUUGCUGAGAUGCUUACAGGAAAACCAUUAUUUCCUGGAAAAAAUGUGGUGCACCAAUUGGAUCUCAUGACUGAUACACUUGGCACACCUCCUGUUGAAUCCAUAUCAAGGAUUCGAAAUGAAAAGGCAAGGAGGUACCUUAGUGGCAUGCGUAAAAAGAUACCAGUUCCUUUCUCACAAAAGUUCCCUAAUGUGGAUCCCCUGGCUCUUCGCCUACUUGAGCAUUUACUUGCAUUUGAUCCAAAAGAUCGUCCCACAGCUGAAGAAGCAUUAGCUGAUCCAUAUUUUUAUGGUUUGGCAAAUGUGGAUCGUGAACCAUCCACUCAACCUAUUUCAAAACUAGAAUUUGAGUUUGAGAGAAGGAAACUGGCAAAAGAUGAUGUUAGAGAGCUGAUUUAUCGAGAGAUAUUAGAGUAUCAUCCGCAGAUGCUGCAGGAGUAUCUUCGUGGUGGGGAUCAGACCAACUUCAUGUACCCAAGUGGUGUUGAUCGAUUCAAGCGACAAUUUGCACAUUUGGAGGAACAUUAUGGUAAAGGUGAAAGAAGUACUCCACUUCAAAGACAGCAUGCUUCUUUGCCUAGAGAGCGAGUUCCUGCAUCCAAGGAUGAGAAAGUUCCUCAAGAUAAUGAUUUGGAGAGUACUGCAGCUUCAAGGUCUCGGCUCUCUGAUGGUUCAGAAAACACAAAUGUAGAAGGACAAAAUGGCCCUAACAAACCAAACUAUAGUGCUCGUAGCCUAUUGAAGAGUGCUAGCAUUAGUGCCUCCAAGUGUGUUGUUGUGAAAGAAAAACAAGACUCAGCGGAGAAACCAAUUGCUGAAGCCACCGACGAGACAGUUGAUGCCCUGUCUCAUAAGGUUGCAGGCCUUAAUGCUUGAUUGAAACUUCCAAUUGGCUCUUUAAGGAUUUAGUAGGCUUGGUGCAUUACCCAUUUUUUUCCCCCUGAUUAUUGGUAAGAGGGUGAUUUAUGGUGAUUUGCGCCAAAGGUUUUCCUUUUUUUUUUUUUUUUUUUUCUUUGGACAGAAGCUAAUAGUUGGACUAUGAUAGCGGCUAUCGUUGUGUUAACGCAGUCCAGAGAAGGCUUGGCCUGUCAUGUAGCUCUAUUUACAUUUGACGAAGCAGAAGGUGUAUUUGUUCUGUUAUGAACUUUAGAAUACCCUGCUAGGCAGUAAGAAACUUGAUUUAAAAGAAGAAAACACUAUAUACUAUUUCCAUUUCAAAUGACUGUCCUGCAAUA